GCUUCCAAAACUCAGAAGCAACUGUGCUGGGAAAACUGGAAGGUGGAGAAGCAGAAUCAGCCUGCUGCAGGGAGAAUAUGCCUGGAGCUGGACUGGUAGAUACCCUUCCGCUGCUUCAUACCUCUAUAAGUGAAUGGGCGCUUCUCCGGACGCCUUCGCCUUUCUUCCUUGAGGGCUUGCUCUUCUUUUUUCAGUCUACUUCCCCAGAGCAUCGCAAUCUAGUUGUUCCAGCCUAAUAAAGUCAAGAAACAAUGGGUUUGGAUUACUCAUCAAAGACUUCUAAAGAUCUAGAGGGAAUUCAUGUUGUUAAGCUUGCGCACCAAUCACCACUGAGAGUCGAUUGUGAAGACUUGGAUAUCUCAAAAUCUACAAAUUUAGAGAAAGUUCAGAGAAGCCCAGGCUUGAUCAUUCCCCAAAUAUGGCAGCAGAGGCCAUCCUUCUUGAGACCCAUCCAUUGUAGCAUUCAAGGUGACCAGACCAUUGUGGAAACUGUUGCUAAUGUUUUAACCUCAUUGCCUUUCAUCAUUCUUGGGCUUCAGGCUCCACGGAAGAACUUGAAUUCAGUACUUUAUGCUAAUUCAUUAAUAGGAGUUGGAGUGGCCUCCAGCUUGUACCAUUGUUCAAGAGGACAGAUGCGGAGAUUCUUUAGAUGGGCAGAUUAUACAAUGAUAGCUACAGCUUCUGUUUGCCUUUCAAAAGCUCUACAUAUUGAAAAUCCAAAACUGCUAAUGGCCGCAUCUGCAAUGUUUUUGCCAAUUCAACCUCUAAUGGUUUCAGUUGUUCACACAGGCAUGAUGGAGGUAGCAUUUGCUAAAAAGGCAUCGACAAAACCGGAGCUAAGAACUGCUCAUAAUCUUCAUGCGUUGUCUUCAGUGUUGGGAGGCUUACUUUUUAUUGCAGAUGAGUGGUAUCCCGAAACUCCCUACAUCCACGCUGCAUGGCACCUUGCUGCAGCAGUUGGCGUUGGAACAUGCAAUAAGCUUCUUGAAUGAUUCCAUUGCAGGCAAUUUUCUUCUGAAUCAUUUGUAUUAGAAUAUCCUGGCAAAAGAAAAGGGUUAUAUAAAAUUUAUUAUUAGAUUUAUUUUGAGAUUAGUGCAGUAAUCUAUCAAAUAAAUUUGUUUACAUGUUAGGAACUUGUAUUGCUAAAAGAAUGUGGCUGCGCUUAAAUUGUCUAUGCGCAUAAUCAUCUCAACACAUUUAUGUCUUCCCUAAUUUAGACAUUUUAAAUUAAUCUACAUGUAUAUACUAUAUAUAUAUA